GCCUUGAACACUCCCAGGCUCAGCUCCUCUCUCCCCCCGCCGUGUAUUCUGUUAAACCCUAAUUCUUGGCAAAACCUGAUUUCCCUUGUUUCGCCCACAAAACCGUUACUACGUAGAGGAAACGAACGAAGAGCAAUGGAGCCUGAUGCACUUACGAACUCCAUGGACCUGAAAGUAAGGGAGUUCCUGAAGGAGGUCCGGCUCGACCACUCGCCUGCCUUCACCAAGCUUGUCGACGACACGGUUUCGGCUAUCAAAGACGCCAUCGAUAAAAUCCCCGAAGACUUGAAGGUGACAGGGGAUGAAGCUCCUGGGUUUGUCAGAGACAUUGGUGCGGACAAAGUCGAGUUCAAGUUUAAGAAGCCAAAAUCUAUCAAAAUUGGUGGGAGCUAUGCGAUACAGUGCAUUGCAAAGCCUGAUGUAAAUGUAGAUCUUUUUAUUCAGUUGCCAAAGGAAUGUUUCCUUGAGAAAGACUAUUUGAAUUAUCGGUACCACGCCAAAAGGUGCCUAUACCUUUGUAUAAUCAAGAAUUACUUGAAGUUUUCUUCAUUAGUUCAUAAGGUUGAAUGGUCUACCCUACAAAACGAGGCCCGAAAACCUGUAUUGCUUAUCUAUCCUGCUGGGGAGUUUGCUGAAGUUCCUUCAUUUUUUGUGAGGAUAAUCCCUACGGCAAAAUCCCUGUUUACCAUCAAGAAGUUGAACCUAAGGCGGAAUAAUGUCCGUGCUCUGAAUGAUGGUGGGAGUAUUCCUCAGGCUACACCAAAGUACAAUACUAGUAUUUUGGAAGACAUGUUUUUAGAGGAUAGUGCAGAACUUAUUAAGAAAACUUUUCUUGGAUGGAAGGGGCUAGGAGAGGCUUCAAUUUUACUGAAGGUUUGGGCUCGGCAGAGAAGUUCAAUAUAUGUUCAUGAUUGCCUAAAUGGAUUCCUAAUUUCUGUUAUAUUGGCAUACCUUGCAAAUCGGGAGAGGAUUAACAAUUCUAUGAAGGCAAUGGAGAUAUUUCGUGUUACUUUGAGCUUCAUUGCCAGGCAAUCAAAAAAAGGAAAAGGAUUAUGGGACUAUGGGCUUUACUUCCAGCAAGAAGGGCAGAAUGUUAUUCCAAAUGAGGAAAGGAUGCCAUACAAAGAAACGUUUCCAGUUGUUAUAUGUAAUCCAUCAGCACCCUACAAUCUAGCUUUCCGUGUAUCAAGGAGUGGUUUCAUGGAGCUCCAAGAUGAAGCUGCACUGGCACUUAAAUGCAUAGAGCAAUGCAAAGAUGGGGGAUUUGAGGAGAUUUUUAUGACCAAGGUUGACUUUGCUGCUAAAUUUGACUAUUGCAUAAGAUUGAACUUGAAGGGAAAAAAUGAGGUUCAUACAUCAGGAUUUUGCUUGGAUGAUGAAUGUUGGAGACUAUAUGAGCAGAAGGUACAUGGUGUUCUGAAUCAGGGGUUGAGCAAUAGAGCAAAGUUGAUUCGUGUUACCUGGAGAAACACAUUGUCAGGAGGCAGUAUAGAAAAUGGCUUGUCAAUAUUUGAUAGAGAGCCAUUGCUUGUUGGAGUUUCAGUGAGCUCUUUGGAGAAAGCUUUUAGGGUUGUUGAUAUUGGUCCCAAUCCUGAAAAUAAGGAGGAGGCUCUCAAAUUCCGAAGGUUUUGGGGGGACAAGGCUGAGCUUAGGAGAUUUAAGGAUGGUACAAUUGCAGAAAGCACAGUAUGGGAAAGUGAGCAGUGGACGAAACAUCUCAUUUUGAAAAGAAUUGCUGAAUAUGUACUUCUGCGGCAUCUUUCUUUGUCAAAGGAGAAUAUUGUGCAUAUUGUGGAUCAGCUUGAUUUCUCUCUGCUUCAUGGUGUUGGUGAUCCUAUAUCAUUGUCAGGAAGUUUGCUUCGAGCACUUGAAGUUUUAUCGAAGCGCCUGCGUCUUAUAGAAGACAUUCCUUUGAAGGUAUCUAGUGUGCAGCCUAUAGACCCAGCUUUCAGGUUUACUUCUGUCUUCCCUCCUGAACCUCAUCCGCUAGCUAAUGACAAGGAUAAUGUUCCAAGGCUACAUAAACUAAUGCCAUCCUGCACUCGGCCUCUGGAAGUUAUGAUUCAGUUGGAAGGCUCUGGGAAUUGGCCGAUGGAUGACUUUGCAGUUGAGAAAACUAAAACUGCUUUCCUUCUUAAAAUUGGAGAAAGUCUCCAGAAUACUUGGGGGAUGAAAUGUACUGCUACUGAGGAUGAUGUGGAUAUUUUUACUUCUGGAUAUGUAUUUCGUCUUAAAAUUUUGCAUGAGAGAGGCCUGAGUUUGGUGAGAAAGGAAGUUGGAAGUGACCAAGUUAAGCGGGUCACAUCUGUAGACAAGAAACUUUUUUUUCGCAGUCAGCAUUCGAGCAUGAUUAAUGGAUUACAGGGUUGUUAUCCGAUAUAUGUGCCAGUUGUUAGGCUUGCAAAACGAUGGGUUGCUUCACAUCUAUUUUCAACUUGCUUGGUAGAAGAGGCAGUUGAGCUAUUGGUUGCGUACCUCUUUUUAAAGCCUUUACCAUUUAAUGCUCCUUGCUCACGCAUAGCUGGAUUUCUAAGGUUCCUGCGAUUACUAUCAGAGUAUGACUGGACCUUUUCUGCUUUGGUUGUUGACAUAAACAAUGAUCUGGGCCCAAAUGACGAGAAAGAGAUAAGUGAUAACUUCAUGUUGAGUAGGAAAGCUUAUGAAGAGAACAAACAAAAUGUAAGCACGGCAAUGUUCCUUGGUACAGCUUAUGACAAGGCAUCUGAGGCUUGGACCAGGUUUUCACCAAAUGUAUCGGAACUUAAAAGGUUGGUGGCUUAUGCUCGAAGCAGUGCAAACUUGUUGACCAAACUCAUAUUGCAGGACCAGAUUGAUUUUUAUAAGUGCGAGUGCCUUUUCCGAACUCCUUUGAACAACUAUGAUGCCAUAAUUCUUCUCCACAUGGACAAAUUACCUUAUCCCCAACGUCUUCUCUUUACUUCUGAACUAAACCUAGGGAAGCUUGUUGCUCGUGGGAAUGGCAGCAAGUUUUUCAAUCCCUUCAUGUUGCCUGGAGACUUGAAGGGGAGCUUAGAGGAAGUGAAAAAUAAGCUAUUGGUGAACUUUGAUCCAUUGAGGUGCUUUGUUGGGGAUUUAGAGAAAGAGUUCUCUGACACGUUCAAGGUAUGGUAUGAUUCUCUGGGAGGUGAUGCUAUUGGCAUAACGUGGGAGAAAUUUCAAUCCAAGAAACGGAGCCGAGAGGAGGAACCAGGUGAGGAAGCGGGUGAGGAAGGAAAAGAUCCAGUUGAAGUAUUAAAAGCUGUUGGUGAAGUUGGUAAAGGAUUUGUGAGGAGUGUUUAUUUUCUGAAGGCCCCAAGGCUGAAUUAACCCUCUACUCAAGGCCUAAUAGUUCGGAAAUCACAAAAAUAUAUUGUUGUAAACUUGUUUUCUUUUUAAAUUUAUUGGUAAAUCGUGGCGUCCCAUUUUCCUCAUGUCACCACAGUUUUGAUUUUUUUUUCCUUUCUGUUUUGGGUUGGGGAGUGAGGUGAAUAUUGCAAUGAAACCCCAUUUGGCGAGCUUGGGAAGAAUGUGGAAGAGGUAAAUUUCUGUGUUAGGUAUACUGGUGACUGCAACACACAAGAGUUGAGAAAGUAACCCUCUGUAAUAUUGGCGGAUGUUGCUUUUGUAAAAUAAAUUUAAUGAUUUGGAAUGGUACUAGCCUACUAGGUGGUUCAUUUUCAA